AUGACGCCAGCUCCGAUGUCGGAGGCUGAGCAGAAUUCGGAAGAUGAAGGGUUUGUUUCAAAUUCGACAUUGGAGAAAGUUGCUGCAGCGAAGAAGUAUAUUGAGGAUCAUUACAAUAGGCGCAUGAGACACAUCCAACAACGUAAAGAAAGGCGUUUGGUGCUAGAACAAAAGAUAGCAUCUUUAGAUGUAUCAGAGAAAGAACAACACGAGUUGCUGGAGGAUUUGCAGAGAAAAGAGACAGAGUAUACUAGAUUGAUGAGGAACAGGCUUUGCGUUGAUGAUUUUGAUCUUCUGAGUAUUAUUGGUAGAGGGGCUUUCGGCGAGGUGAGGCUAUGCCGUGAGAAGAAGUCAGGCAACAUUUAUGCGAUGAAGAAGCUGAAGAAGUCUGAGAUGCUUAGUAGAGGGCAAGUUGAACAUGUUAGAGCUGAGAGGAACUUGCUAGCAGAAGUUGCGAGUGACUGUAUUGUCAAACUUUAUUAUUCGUUCCAAGAUCCAGAAUAUUUGUACCUUAUCAUGGAGUAUUUGUCUGGUGGUGAUGUGAUGACUUUGCUUAUGAGGGAAGAGACUUUGACUGAGACCGUGGCUCGGUUUUACAUUGCACAAAGUGUUUUGGCUAUUGAGUCGAUACAUAAGCAUAAUUAUGUUCACAGGGAUAUAAAACCAGACAAUCUUCUGUUGGACAAGCAUGGUCAUAUGAAGCUGUCAGAUUUUGGUCUUUGUAAGCCUCUCGAUUGUAGAAAUAUUUCGGCUUUGAACGUAAAUGAACCUUUGAAUGAUGAGAAUACAAACGAAUCAAUCGAUGGUGACGAGAACUGCUCGAUAGGACGCCGUGGAAGGCGUUGGAAGAGUUCAUUGGAACAGCUGCAGCAUUGGCAGAUCAACAGAAGAAAACUAGCAUAUUCUACUGUUGGUACCCCUGAUUAUAUUGCACCUGAAGUGCUGCUGAAGAAGGGAUAUGGUGUAGAGUGUGACUGGUGGUCGUUGGGAGCCAUCAUGUAUGAGAUGCUCGUUGGUUAUCCCCCAUUUUACUCCGAUGACCCCGUAACAACAUGUAGAAAGAUUGUGAGCUGGAGAACUCAUUUGGUAUUCCCCGAUGACGCAAGGUUGACACCUGAGGCAAGAAACCUCAUUUGUAGCUUGCUUUGUGAUUCUGAACAUAGGCUUGGUUCUCAUGGAGCUGGAGCAGAGCAAAUCAAAGCUCAUCCUUGGUUCAAAGAUGUGGAAUGGAAUAAACUCUAUGAGAUGGAUGCAGCUUUUAAGCCAGUGGUCAAUGGAGAACUUGACACUCAGAAUUUUAUGAAAUUCGACGAGGUGGAUUGUCCAAAACCAACAAGAACAGGAUCUGGACCAUCAUGGAAGGUGAGCAUAACCCCACAAAAUAUCAAUUUUGUGGGAUAUACAUACAGAAACUUCGACGCUGUUCGUGGCUCACGCCGUUCUUUAGAUAUCAAAGGAAACAUUUCGCCACCACGCUCAUCAACUGACUCCACCCGAAGUGAUUCUGCAAUUGAUUACACAAAACUCUCUAUUGAUGAUGCUUGA